ACUUUACAGUCAUGUCAAUUUUGCUUAUUUUGAAAUUCAUCAGGACAGAAAAUUUUGUUUAUUCCUCAACUGUCAUGUUCUUGCUUAUUGUGCCGCCGUUCACCUUGUGCGCUGCAACGCACAACGAGUCUAGCAACCUUCCAGGAUACCACAAAAGUCCUCGAUUAUGUUAUGGAGGAAUUCCGGGAAAAAAUGGUGUACCAGGUAUGCACGGCAAGCCUGGUAUCCCAGGAUUACCUGGUCGCGACGGCCGUGAUGGACGCGACGGAGCUAAAGGCGAAAAGGGACGCCCGGGGAGCCCUGGACUCCAGGGGCCAACUGGUCCACCAGGUGAUAAAGGGGAUAAGGGAGAACCUGGUACUCACGGUUCACCCGGCCAAAGAGGAGAGCGAGGGGAGAGAGGCGAGCCUGGAAAGCCAGGGACGCUUCAACUUUCCUCAUGCAUGAAUUCGAACUGGAAAGAAUGUACAUGGAGAGCAGGGGACGGCAAGGACCAAGGUUUGAUCCAGAAUUGUGAAUUUACGAAAAACUUUUCCGACACUUCCCUCCGUGUAUACUUUGCUGGUAAUCUAAGGAUUUAUAAGUGCAACCAGUGCUGUAGCCGUUGGUAUUUCACUUUCAAUGGCGCCGAGUGCAGCGCCCCUGGCCCCAUCGAAGGCGCAGUCUAUAUGAAUCGCGGGCAGGACCAAGAUCUUCAUCGUCACCGCCAUAUUGAAGGCCACUGUAACAACAUUCACAAGGGAAAAGUACGUGCGGGAUUCUGGGUUGGUGAUUGCAAAACGGGUCAUACACUUGCUGACGCGUAUACUGGUUGGGCAACACUGUCCCGUAUCUUCAUCCAGGAGGUGCCAAAAGCUCAACAUUACCAGGCGUUAGUUCAAAAGAUCUCAAUGCCGAGAUUCCGUAACAAGACCUCAUCAGCCAUCAUGAAAUGUUUGCUGACCUUAAUACUGAUCGCUUUGGGCUCUGCUUUUAACAGCACCCAAACCAUGACACACUGUGGAUGUUGUGGUUGUAGUUGCAUGCCAGGAAUCCCAGGCAUUCCGGGAAGUCCCGGACCUGCGGGAGCAACAGGAUCUCCAGGAGCGCCCGGACCUGAAGGAACCGCGGGACCUAAAGGUAACCCUGGUGAAAAAGGAGACGAAGGCCCUCGAGGCCCGCCUGGGGAAACUGGGAGUCAGGGACCUCAAGGACCACCUGGUCCUCAAGGCCCAAAGGGUGACGAGGGCGAACAAGGGAUUCAAGGCCCCCAAGGCCCCCGCGGCCUUCCAGGGUCAAUCGGACGUAACUGGAAGCAGUGCGUGUUCAACGGCCUCAGUGAUUCAAAGGACAUUGGUUUAAUAAAGGAAUGUCGUUUCAGAAAAGGAUCAUCCAAAACUGGCCUUCGUGUCUUCUGGAAUGGAGUUCUUCGCAUUAAUAACUGCCACGCUUGCUGUAAGCGAUGGUAUUUUACUUUCAACCGAAGAGAGUGCGCGUUUCCAGCUGCAAUUGAUGGAGUGGUAUACAUGUUACAUGGAAAUCAGGGAAGGAAGAAUCUACUCCGUGUCCGACAUAUUGAGGGAGUGUGUGAAAAUAUCCCGGCGGGCAUCGUCUCCGUGGGAUUCUGGAUCGGAAAUUGCGCUUCUUAUGGGAGUUGUGAUGGGCACACUGGUUGGAACUCAGUGUCCCGCAUCUACAUAGAGGAGGUACCGCCUCCACAAUUAAUUGCUGCUCGCUCACAAGAGAAGAGCAAUUUAGCCUCGCAGAACGUAUACAUCACAAAUAAGGUUGAAUCUACACUAGGAACUGAUCAGCUGGCCAACAUGUCGAGUGCAAGUCUAGCCCUGUUGCUCUUACUUCUAGCUUCACUCCAUAUUGCAGCAGUAAUUGCAAAUGGAAAACAGAACGAUGAUCAGCCCAUGUCACGUCCUCCUUACUGUAAUGCCGGAAUACCUGGUAUGCACGGGAAGCCUGGGUCCCCUGGGUUACCAGGUCGUGAUGGUCGAGAUGGACGUGAAGGAGUCAAAGGUGAUCUGGGCAGCCCAGGGAAGACUGGACCUCAGGGACCACCAGGCCCUAAAGGAACUCCGGGCGCCAAAGGAGAACCUGGAGUACAGUGUCCUUCUUGUGAAAAGGGGCAGUCUGGAGAGAGUGUGGCUCCUAGUGUGAUGUCUUUUAAGAACUGGAAAGAGUGUGCGUGGAAGGACUUGAAUGUUGGAAAAGAUAUCGGCCUCAUCAAGGAGUGUGUGUUUACCAAGAACUUUUCCGACACAUCUCUCCGUGUUUCCUGGACUGGAACUCUUCGAGUCUCUGGCUGCACCGGCUGCUGUAAACGCUGGUAUUUCACCUUCAACGGUGCUGAAUGUUCAGGUCCCUUGCCAAUUGACGGUAUUGUGUACCUGGGUGGUGCCAAGUCUCUAAAUCCUCACCGUGUCCGCCAUAUUGAGGGUCACUGUAACAACAUCCACAAAGGCAAGGUGCGCGUGGGAUUCUGGGUCGGUGACUGUGAUGGAUAUGGAAACGCUGACGCCUAUUCUGGUUGGAAGUCAGUGUCGCGGAUCUAUAUCGAGGAAAUCCCCAAACCUCAAGCUUUUUCGCACGGUUCUCUCGGACUGUAUGUUCAUGAAGAAACACGCAAGUACAGUGCUUCUGGACCCCUAACAAUUGAUGGUCUCGUUUAUAUGGGCAGUAGAAAAAGUCAAAAUAUUCAUCUCGUCGACAACAUUGAGGGCCACUGCGAUAACAUCCACAAAGGCAAGCUUCACAGUCCUGAAGAUUUUGGUGGCAAACACGAAGAUCACCGAUACAAAAUGGUGGUAAAAACUGCAACCUUCUGGAUUUCUUUUUUCGCGGUGUCAUAUUUGGUUUUCUGUCGCGCAGCGAAUAACAGGUCUAAUAAACCAUCAAACAGCAAAGUGCAACCUCCACCAUAUUUUUAUGCUGGGAUGCCUGGUAUGCACGGAAAGCCUGGGCUCCCUGGUGCACCUGGUCGUGACGGCCGUGAUGGACGCGAAGGAGUUAAAGGCGACCGAGGCAGCCCAGGGAAGACUGGACCUCAAGGACCUCCAGGCCUCAAGGGAACUCCGGGUGUUAAAGGAGAACCUGGAGUACAGGGUCCUCCAGGCCAAAAGGGGCAGCGGGGAGAAAGUGGGAAAAAUGGAAUCCCGGGGACUCCUGGUGUGAUGUCUUUUAAGAACUGGAAGGAGUGCGCGUGGAACAACUUGAAUGAAAAUAAAGACCACGGCCUGAUUAAGGAGUGUGUGUUUACCAAGAACUUUUCCGACACAUCUCUCCAUGUUUCCUGGACUGGAGAUUUUCGAGUCUAUCGCUGCACCACCUGCUGCAAACGCUGGUAUUUCACUUUCAACGGUGCUGAAUGUUCAGGUCCCCUACCAAUUGACGGUAUUUUGUACCUGGGUAGUGUUAAGUCUCUAAAUCCUCAUCGUGUCAGCCAUAUUGAGGGUCACUGUAACAACAUCCACAAAGGCAAGGUACGCGUUGGAUUCUGGGUCGGUAAUUGUCAGUCAUACAGCCGAAGUAAUUACAAUACCUACACUGGCUGGCAAUCAGUGUCGCGGAUCUAUGUUGAGGAAAUCCCGAAACCACAAGCUUAGAUUUCUAAACUUAACAUCCAUUCCUGCAUAAACGCUUUUAAGGUGCUUUUAAACAUGGGUUUGCCUCGUAACAAUUGCUGAUUUCUUGAUGAAUAAAAAGCGGGAAGAAAA